GAAAGAGGGAGGAGAACGUGUUUGUCGAGAUACUUGGAGGCUUCAGGACGAUACCUUUUAAAAUUGAACAACAGAGCCGGGACAGCAUGCUGACUUUGCCAUUUGAUGAACAGUCCUCCAAUCAAACCAUCAGUUCAGUAAGGAUGAGUUGGACCUCUAACAAAUUAGUCAAAUUGAUUAAGCCAGAGAUUGACAGAGCCCCAGAGGAAAGCCUUGAUACCAGGAGGGAGGAUGAACUGAGGGAUGUUGAAGUGAAGGAGGAGGAAAGUGAAGCAGGAGAUCCAGCUUGGCUCAGAAGAAGGGCUUCUCAAAAGAAGAAACUGAGCCACUCUCGCCUGGACCGGGUUCGACUACGACGGAUUGAAGCAAAUGCGCGGGAAAGACAACGUAUGCAUGGACUUAACAAUGCAUUGGACAGCCUGAGAAAGGUGGUUCCCUGUUAUUCCAAGACACAAAAGCUGUCCAAAAUAGAAACCCUCCGCUUGGCCAAGAACUACAUCUGGCUUCUCAGUGAGAUCCUGAGCACUGGCAAAAGGCUGGACUUGCUCACAUUUGUUCAGACUCUGUGCAAAGGUCUCUCUCAGCCAACCACUAACCUUGUCGCUGGCUGUCUCCAGCUCAACACCUGCAGCCUCAUCUCACAACCUGACGAGGAGUCAUUGUCUCUGUACGCAGCCUAUGAUCACCAUCCUGGUCCCGAGGCUGGGGGCUCCACCACAGCGGGUAGCGGUAGGUCUCUGCGGCCCUUUGGCUCUUUCUGCAGCCCCUUUGAGUCUGUAAACGACAGUUCCUCUCCAGACAGUUCUGGUUCUCUGGAUAUGGGGACUCUCAGCCCACCCUUCAACUUCAGUGGGCUUUUCACCCUCAAACACGAGGAACCGGUCGACUACCGAAGUUGUCACAAUGGUCUCCGCUAUUGUCCCAUCAAUCAGGCCUCCAGCUCAGACCUUGGUCCCUAUGACAUCCAACUCCGGGGACAGUUUUACCAGGUGCAGGGGGAAUUAAACAAGCCUUUCCAUAAUUAAUAAACAGCAUAUAAAUGGAUGAGUUCUUAAGAAGUUCAGUAGUGCCAACAAUAACAGGGAAAAAGCUAGGGUUUGUGAGUGCAUGAUGAGAAAGUAGUAAGUCAUCUUCACUGAACUGUCUGCGGACGACAACCUGUAAUGUGACAGACACAGACGGACACACACACAAGGAAAACAUGCAGAGUCCCAUAAUAAUAAUAAUAAUAAUAAUAAUAAUAAUAACAAUAAUCUGUUAGCUACAUAAUGACUUUUUCUUCUUGUGGGCCAAAUCGCUGAGGGUUUUACCCAAAACACAUGAAUACUUUUAAAAUAUCAGGGCAUUUAUCCAGAACUUUGCUCCCUGAAACUACAUUUAAAUUGAAUG